GUUAGAUAACAACACAGUGGAGUUGAAUAAGCUGUCAGAACAGUUUGGAGGUUACUAGAAUUGUAAAUAAAUAAAUACAUUUUUUUUUUGCGUGAUGGUCAACCUCGGACUCACUAAAGUUGAUGAUGCGGUUGCAGCGAAGCAUCCGGGUUUGCAGCAGUAUGCCGCUUGUCAGUCUUAUGCUUUUAUGAAAGGCACGGCAAGCUUCAUACUCGGCACAGCUGGCUUAUUUUUUGCACAGCGAGUACUUCAGAAAAAAAUCCCAUAUCCCCUACAGUGGAACCUUCUAGGGUCUAUUGUUGCCUCGUCAGUAUUCAGCUAUUCAGUAACACGCUGGGAAACCAUGAGGUGCUCGGACUUGUGGUUAUUCCUUGAGACAGGAAAAGUUCCUGACAGAAACGCUCAGAAGGAGGACACUCCAAUUGUCACAACAUCAGCAGAAACCAAAGUCACCCAGUAUGGAGAUGUGCUGGAAUAAAUGUAAAGGUGGUGACUUUUACCUUUAGUGUAACACUCUGAAUGGCCAAUAAAAACACUCUUUUUUUGUUGUUGUUGUUGUUGUUGUUGAAUUUUAAUUGACUGGGUCAUGACUUCUCGAGAAUAUUUGGCCUUGCUGAACUAAAUGUGUACAGUAAGUUCUGUUUAUGAAACUGCUUUUUUUUUAUUCUUUAAAACAUGUUUU